GCGAUCUGGCUUGAUCCUCGAUUACUGGAAAGGGAUGCGGCGGCGCGUCCACCAAAUUUCUCCUGAGUAAAAAGCACCACUUUCCCCUUCCCUUUCCCAUUCACACGACAACCUCCCGAGGCGAUUGAUCUAUUGAUCGAUUCCAAUGCUACUUUUUUAAUUGUGACGACGACGUUCUUCUUUCCUUGAGGAUUACGCUCCUUGUAAUUAUCUGGUGCGGGUAAUUUUCAACGAACCCUUGGCCAGGGCUUUGAAAGCUCCAGUUCCAGUUCCAGUUUCGCAACCUUUCCUUCGCACCACACCCACGAAAUCGCCACCAUGGCGAAGGCAGCGAAAUCUGCCACUCCGCCGCCGGUGAGAUCGUCUCGAAGUCCGCAACCACCAGUCAAGCGAUCAAAAAAACCUACGGAUUAUACGUCUGAGGGGGUAGCGGACCACGAUGUCUUCCUACUGCCUGGGUCCGACUACCAGGUCAUGAUCGCCAUUACGCUACUUGCAACGGUUGUUAGAUUGUUCAGAAUAUAUCAGCCCAGCAGUGUCGUCUUUGAUGAAGUGCAGUACGUUAAAUAUCUCCCGUUUAUAUGCCAAUUUCUAACCAGUCUGUUUGAACAGCUUUGGAGGAUUCGCAUCCAAAUAUAUCAAGGGGAAAUUCUUCAUGGACGUCCACCCACCUCUCGCAAAACUUCUUCUCACAUUAGCUGGAUGGUUAGCUGGAUUCAAUGGCGAGUUCGAUUUUAAGGAUAUUGGAAAAGAUUACCUCGAGCCAGGUGUGCCAUAUGUGGCUAUGAGAAUGCUGCCAGCUAUCUGCGGUAUUCUCUUAGUCCCAACUAUGUUCUUGACUUUGAAGGCAUCUGGGUGCAGAACCUUGACUGCGGCUUUGGGAUCUUCUUUGAUUAUAUUUGGUAUGCAACUCAAGUACCGCUUUCUUAAUAUCAAGGCUAACCAAUUUAGAAAAUGGUCUCCUUACCCAAGCUCGUUUGAUCCUCCUCGAUUCUCCUCUUAUGAUCAUGACCGCUUUCACAGCAUUGGCAUUUACUUCCUUCACCAAUCAACAUGAGCAAGGACCAACGAGGGCGUUCCAGCCCACUUGGUGGUUCUGGCUUGCGAUGACUGGGUUUGGAUUGGGUGCAACAGUCAGUGUCAAAUGGGUUGGACUUUUCACAAUUGCCUGGGUUGGUAGCUUGACCCUUCUUCAGUUGUGGGUUUUGCUUGGAGAUGUCAAAACUGUGACACCAGUAAGUCUUUAUCUUCUCCCCCAAAAAAAAAACCAAAACAUCAAACGCUGACCAGAUAUAGCGUCUCUUCGCCAAACAUUUUGUUGCUCGCAUCUUUUGUCUCAUUGUUAUUCCAGUCGUCUUCUAUAUGUCGAUGUUUGGAAUCCACUUUCUUUGCCUCACAAAUCCAGGUGAUGGGGAUGGAUUCAUGAGCUCCGAGUUUCAGGCCACCCUUAAUUCCAAAUCUAUGCAAGAUGUCCCAGUUGACGUUGCAUUUGGCAGCAUUGUCAGUAUCAGACACCACAACACCCAAGGAGGAUAUUUGCAUUCACACAACCUCAUGUACCCCACUGGAAGUAAGCAACAGCAAAUUACUCUCUACCCACACAAGGAUGAGAACAACGCAUGGCGUUUGGAGAACCAAACUCAGCCACUUGAUGCUACCGGAAGCCCCAUUAAUGGAUCGCAAGCUUGGGAUGCUAUCAGUCCACCAAACUAUAUCAAGGAUGGCGAUACCAUCAAGUUGUACCAUUGCCCCACCCACCGCCGUCUUCAUUCUCACGAUGUCCGUCCACCUGUCACUGAGGCAGACUGGCAAAAUGAGGUUUCCGCAUAUGGUUAUGAAGGGUUUGAGGGCGAUGCCAAUGACUUCUUCAGAGUUGAGAUUAUUAAGAGUAUGUCUGAUGGUGCCGAAGCUUCUAAGCGUGUCCGCACUAUUCAAACCAAGUUCAAGCUCGUUCACGUCAUGACUGGUUGCGUUUUGUUCUCUCACAAGGUCAAGCUUCCUGAGUGGGCGUCUGAGCAACAAGAGGUUACUUGUGCCAAGGGAGGAACCCUUCCUAACAGUGUUUGGUAUAUUGAACAAAAUGAACAUCCUCAACUUGGCCCAGAUGCAGAGAAGGUCAAUUACAGAAACCCGGGUUUCUUGGGAAAAUUCUGGGAGUUGCAAAAGGUUAUGUGGCGCACAAAUGCUGGUCUGGUUGAAUCUCACGCUUGGGACUCCCGUCCACCAUCUUGGCCCAUUCUCCAACGUGGUAUCAACUUUUGGGGCAAGGAUCACCGUCAAAUCUACCUUAUCGGCAACCCAAUCAUUUGGUGGACUUCCACCUUGGCUAUUCUUACAUUUGUUGCCUUUAAGGGUCUCGCAGUUUUGAGAUGGCAGAGAGGCUUCAGCGACUACGGAAACCCAAUUUUCAAACGUUUUGAUUACGAGAUUGGUACAAUGGUUCUCGGAUGGGCCUUCCAUUAUUUCCCAUUCUAUCUCAUGCAACGUCAACUUUUCUUACAUCACUACUUUCCCGCUCUUUACUUCGCCAUCAUCACCGGUUGCCAGAUCUACGAUUAUGUCACUGCUCGCAUUCCAGGUAUUGGACUCCGCGAGAACCCAAUAAUUGGUCGUCUUGGUGCAGUUCUAUUCCUGGGUCUCAGCGUUGUGGUUUUCGGACUCUACGCCCCCCUUUCCUACGGAAACCCAUGGACACAGUCCGCUUGCAACAAGGUCAAACUCUUCGAAUCCUGGGACUUUGAUUGCAACAAUUUCCUCACCGAUGUAAAUAUUCCCCCUGCGGUACUCCCGAACCGCGACCGGAGUUAGCUGUGAUACUUUUUCUUAUAUACUGAUUUUUUUAGUACUCUCAAUACGCCAACAAAGUAUUCAACGCCAAAGAAAAUGUUCACAAGACUGAUUCUCCUUUGAUCCCAACUGAAGCUGCUGUUUACCCACCACCAGGUGAUGGUGCUCAGCAAAUAAUUCAAGAAGUGUUUCCCUCAAGAAUGUCCGAAGCGCCCGAGGCCGCUAUGUCUGCACCACCAGAGGCACCAGUCCCAGCCGGGCAAAGCGUUCUGUCGCGUGAAGAGAAAAUUGAAUACAGAGAUCAAGAUGGCAAUCUUUUGGAUGCUGAGCAAGUCAAAGCGUUGGAAGGCAAAGUCAGCUUCAAGACACGAUACGAAACCCGAACACGCUUGGUAGAUCCAAAUGGCAAUGAAAUUAACCCGCCUCCUGAGGAAGCCGGAGUUGCUCCCCCUCAUCCAGAUGUUGAUGGACCAGAUUCAUCGACCAUCGCCAAAGCCGAGCAGAAUGCUGCAGAUAACAAGGCAGUUGAGGCGGAGGAAAGCAAGGAGGAGAGGAUUGUCAAGUCGGACGCUGGAGCAGCAAAGCCUGCCAGUGAAGGGAAUGAGGCUACGGUUGCUGCAUAGAUGGCAGGGCAUGGGGUUAAAAGGUGUUCUUUUUUCUCUUUUUGAGUUGAUUUCAUUUGUUCAUUCUUUGGGAUAUUUGGGGUUCACAACCAUGGGACUGGGUGUGUUUUUUAGCAGGGGCGGAUUUCGAAAAGAUACUGCUAAUGUAAACUAUUACA